AUGAGCUUACGUGACACAACUGACAAUACGGCUGCCUCAGCCUUUCGAGGGAUGCUAUCUCGAGAUUUGUUAGCAUGUUUGAAGCAUAUAGCGGGACCGGAAUUUUUACGUCAGGAAGAUACUUUUUGGACCAGUGAUGGCGCAGACGGAUAUCACGGAACCUGGGGAAGGUUUACUGGAGGUGAAAACGACAACACAUGCGUGUUGCACAUCCAGGAAGAGGAGGACCCGUGA